AUGUCCGGCGCGCAAACUCCGCUUGGAGCCAAUGACAACGACAUGAAUUCGUCCACUAUCUCCCUCCGGCCCUUGGCACGGCAGCAGGCCUCGGCGGGGAACGACCGCGAGAGCAAGAGUUCGUUCGGGUACGAGAGCGCCAUGAGCCUCCUCGUCGACAGCCUCAAGGACCGCCUCCUCUUUGCCAUCCCCAAGAAGGGCCGUCUGUACGAGAAGACGGUUGAGCUGCUCGCCGGAGCGGACAUCAAGUACAACCGUGCCCACCGUCUCGACGUUGCGCUCGUGAAGAACCACCCCAUUGCUCUCGUCUUCCUGCCCGCCGCCGAUAUCCCGCGCUUCGUGGCUCUCGGCUCGGUCUCGCUCGGUAUCACGGGACAAGACGUUAUCGCCGAGUCUAAACAGGGCCCGUUGAUCCAGGAGAUCCUGCCGCUCGGCUUUGGCAAGUGCAAGCUCCAGGUGCAGGUGCCUAUGACUGGCCCAAUGCAGACCAUUGAGGAGCUCUCCGGCAACCGCAUCGCGACAUCGUUCGAGACCCUCGCCGCCGCGCUGUUCAAGGACAUCGAUGCCCAGACCCAGUCCGUGAAGAACACGAGCAUCGAGUACCUUGGCGGCUCGGUCGAGGCCGCCUGUGCUCUCGGCAUGGCGGAUGGGAUUGUUGACCUUGUUGAAUCUGGCGACACUAUGCGCGCCGCUGGCCUUCACGCCAUCCACACUCUAAUGGACUCGGAGGCCGUCCUCAUUGCCCCCAAGAAGCCGCACGCCUCCCUUACCCCCGAGCUCGCGCCGCUCAUCAACCUCGUCAAGAGCCGCAUCGCCGGUGUGAUCGCCGCCAAGAAGUACGUGUACAUGUCGUACAACGUGCCCCGCGCAGUCCUCGAGUACGCGCUCAGGAUCACGCCCGGUCGCCGCGCGCCGACCGUCUCGCCCCUCGACGAGGACGGGUGGGUGGCCGUCAGCUCGAUGGUGGAGCGCAAGACGAUGGCAGCCACGAUGGACGAGCUGGAGAAGACGGGAGCAGAGGACAUUCUCGUUCUUCCUCUCGACAACUGCCGUGUUGGCGUCUAG